AUGAGCGCCGGAAAGUGCGAAGUCUGCCUCGAGGAGAAGCCAAAGUUGGUCAACUGCGGCCGCUGCGGUGAUCGCAAGUACUGUGGUGCCGUUUGUCAGAGAAAGGACUGGCCCACUCACAAGUACUCGUGCCAGCCCAAGAAACAACCUUCCUGGAUCCUCAAGAUCACCAUCCCUGAUUCCAGAGAGCCUCAAAUCCAUCGUACCAUCGUCUGUCCCGACGGCGCUACCUUUGAGCAGUUGCACUAUGCCAUCCAGAUCGCCUUUGGCUGGGCCAACAAGCAUAGCUAUGACUUUGUCGCUCGCGACCCUACUGCUGAAGAGCGUCCCGUCGAAGACAUCAUGGCAUUAAUGAAACGUCGCGCUGCCCAAGACAAUGGCGAGCAGAGAGACUUCGGUCCUCGUCAGAACUUCAUCAGGAUUGUCAACCCCAACGACCACAAGAUGGCUGACUCUCUGCACUCCUAUGACCGCAGGCACUCUCAAACUCCAGAGAAGAAGGCUGACAAAGUCUACAUUGGCGAACAAUUCAACAAGAAGGAGUGGAAGAGUGCUGAGUGGGAGUACAUGUACGAUCACGGCGACAAUUGGGGUCAUGAGAUUGAGAUCAUCGGUCGUGGCAAGAUCGAUGAUGCUUUCAAGUGCACUGAGGGUAAUGGUCACGGUAUAGCUGAAGAUGCUGGAAGCAUGCCUGGCUGGGAGGAUCUGAAGAAUGCUUACAGAGCCGCAAAGCCAACUGAUGAGCAAAAGGAGAAGAUGCAUUGGUUUGAGAACAUGGCUAGUAACUUUGACCCUGAGGGCUUGAAGGGGAGAGAGAACUUCGUCGACUUGGAUGUCAUCAAUUCUCUUCUGACCAGCAACAUUGAGUAG